CCCGGAAGAACCGGAAAAAGUCACUUAGCGCAUUUUCCUGACAUUAUGCCAACGACGAAUAGGAAGAAGCAAGAGGGCAAAGACACAGCGGUGCAGGGAACCAAUGACAGCAGUGUGGUCAGUAAAGCAUCUGCAGCAGCUCAAGGCUACUUUAAAGACACAUUCAUCCAGCACUUUGUCUGUAAAGUGGUCAGGAGAGCGCCGCUCAUCAACAGAGGUUAUUAUGUCCGCUGGAGAGCUGUGGACCAUUGUGUGAGGAGGUUCCUGCAGGUGACUGAGAGCUGUCCCAAAAGACAGAUUUUGUCUCUUGGUGCAGGUUUUGACUCAUUAUAUUUCCGCCUGCAUGCAGAAAAAGCCCUAACUGAAACUGUAGUGUUCGAGGUGGAUUUUCCAGAUGUGGCCCGGCGUAAAGCUUUGUUGAUUAUGCAUAAUAAUACGUUAAGGGGGAUGUUAGAUGAGCAUUUACCACCCUCUGCAGGAGCUUCGCAUCUGUGGAGUAGUCAGUACCGUCUCUUGGGGUUGGACAUCCGAGAAGAAUCUCAAGUGAAAGAGGCUCUGAGUUCAGCUGGUUUGGACUGGGAAUCUCCUACUCUUAUUCUCUCUGAAGUGGUUCUCACCUACAUGGAGACAAAUUGGUCAGACAAGGUCAUCAAAUGGGCGGCAAAGCUUUUUCCUCAGUCGCUUUUCGUCUUGUAUGAGCAGAUCCAUCCGUGUGAUCCCUUCGGUCUGAUCAUGCAGGAACAUUUUCGCAAACUAAAUUCCACCCUUCACGCCCUGCGGCAGUAUCCAGACGCGGCUGCACAGAGACGCAGGUUCCUGGAAAAGGGCUGGGAUCAGUGUGUGUGUCUGGACAUAAAUGAUUUCUUUUUCGGGCUGGUUCCUGAGGAGGAGCGGAGAAGAAUUGAAUCCUUGGAGCCUUUUGAUGAGUAUGAGGAGUGGCAUCAAAAAUGCUCCCACUACUUUAUCCUGACAGCAUCUCGAGGUUCCUCCCUAGCUCAGGCUUUACUCUCUGCCCCUCCAGUGUCUGUGUCAUCGCCUGUCAUCCCGUCCUGGAGUCAGUCACUUCUGAGUGUGAAGACUGUAUCAGUUUCUGUGGGCGGUCUGGGCAUGGCGUCCACAUCUGUGAGUCCAGGGCUGGUUCUGAUCACAGGAGGUUGUAGCCGAGAAGGCAGAAGGUCGGCCAGUCAAGUCCUUUACAGAAGUCCUACUGGAUGGAGAUCCUGGAAUGUGGAGCCAUCAGCAGAUGUAGGUGUCAGACUUUACCACACCGUCACAUCCUGCCCUAGUGGAGGCGCUGUGGUCUUCGGAGGUCGCUCUUCUCCUCUCAACCCAAUCAGAAGUGUGUUUAAAGUAAACCUGGACCUUUGCGAUCUCUCCGAGAACGGAGACGCAGUUAAACUGUGUGUAGAGCAGAUGCACUGUACAGGUGAAGAACCAACGCCGAGAUGGAGACACACGGCUACAGUCGUCCAGCACGAAGGUCAGGACUUCCUGUUUGUGUUUGGAGGAAAGAAUGAGUCAAAGGCCGCCCUGGGCGACGCUCACUUUCUACGUCUUCAGCAGCAGCACUGGACUGAGAUCCGAAUAGAGGGCGCUGCUCCUGAGGCCCGCCACUCUCACUCAGCCUGUUCGUAUCAGGGCCAUGUGCUCGUGUUUGGAGGACUGGACAGCAGAGGGCAGCCUCUGGGGGACAUGUUCUUGUUAAAGCCCACCGACAGAGGCUUCAUGUGGGAGAGGGUAAAAACUCAGCCUCCUGCUGUUCCCAGAUAUUCUCAUUCUGCCCAUGUGAUUGAAGAGAAGCUGGUUGUGGUGGGCGGAGUCUGGCUGCACUCAGACAACGUUCCAGGUGUCACUGUCAUCGACCUCGACACAGGGAUCAGCAUGGACUUCCAACUGGACUCGUCGGCAGUUCCUUGGCCUCUGAUGCUUCACUCUUUCUGUUGUGAGCCGACAGACUCAGAGGAGCCUGAGCUGAUCGUCAUUGGUGGCGGAGGAAACUGUUUCUCCUUCGGGACACACUUCAACCUUCAGCCCGUCACCAUGGCCCUCGGAGCUGCCCUGGGAUAAAGUCUCUUCCCGUCUGGAGUCAUUCUGGAAUCUCCUGAAAUAUUUUUUUAUCUUUUUUUUUUUUUGAUACUUCAUACUGUGGACAGAUAGAGAGCAAAACAGAUAAUAAACAAUUGGAAAACAUAAAAUCAGAAGAUCUCUUUUUUUUUUUUUUUUUUUUUUUGGAGGAGACGGUUUAUACCUAUGUCUUUUCCACCUCUUACACAGAUUAAUGUUGUUUUUGUUUCUUGUGUAAAUAACUCUAACGCUCUAACUGUACCAGACCAGGGAUCUCACAGUAAUUUGGAGUAUCCCUUAUUCUCCACAAAGUUCUAGUUUCCAUGAUGGACAAAUAAUCAGGAUGCAGCAUUUGUGAAAUUCUGGGCUGAUACCGAUGUCUAAAAUAACAACUUUUUCUUUUUGUUGUUGUAGUGAAAUAUUUUGAAUGUCUUUCAGCUCUUCGUCACACUAUCCUUGAAUGAGCACAAAUUCAAUCAGACAAAUUUAUGAAACAAAAACAAACUGUAAUCAGGAAGGUAUCGGUCCACCAAUGUUAUCCGCCCGAUAUUAGCAUAUUUUGUAAUAUCUGUAAGAAUAGAUAAAGAAGAUGCUGUUAUCCAAAGCGACUUACAAGAAGAGGAUUAACAAUUAGGAAUAUGGUUCCUCUGGGAAUCAGUGUCUAAAAAUGGUUCAAUGAAUCAAGUUUUCAUCCUCCGAAACAUACUUGAAUGACGUUGUAUACAAAGAAAGAUGAUUUUCAAUAAAGUUUUGUUUUCUAUAAUACAACACGUGCCAGUGUUUUCAGGAUCAUUACCAGGUAAGAAGACAUCUUUUUCCUUUCAUGGGAG